UUUUAGUUUUGUUUAAUUUAAUUUAUUUAUCUGUACCUUUUAAUCUUCAAUUCUGGGUAGAAGCCUUAGCCAAAAACAGUGUUUUACAUUUUAAACCAUCAUUGCAAAAAAUUAUAAGCUAAAUUUUUAGACCUUUAUUCAAAAAAAAAAGUGUACUUCCGGCGCCGAUCACUACAUUUCUUCACACUCUUCCCGCGCGCAGCUUCCUGCUUAAUCUCUCCGCAGCAUCUCCUUCCGGCACAUCACACCUCUACAUUCAGUCUAUUAUAAGCGCUAUCCGCUGUCGUCCAGAAUUUUCUCCAUUGCACAUCGCCGGUUGUCAGGUCGUCUAUAAAGAUGAAGGGAGCGAAAUUGGCCGUGGUUUUAAGCGUGUUUUUGGCCUUUGUCCUCCUGACUGAGACAGCGCGAAGCAAGAGAGACUCCAGCAGCCAGAACAGCUUCAGGAGGGCGGCCAGCGGUUUCUACCAAACCUUCAGCAAUAUCUUCGGAGAGGAGAACAUCAGGGCGCUGUACAAGUUCUUCUCAAAAACUACAGAGAGGUUUGUUUAUGGAGUCGAUUCAUUAUUGGACACCUUGUGGAAACUGUGGGUGGAUCUGCUUGAUGUUAUGGGCAUUGACUCCUCUAACCUGACGCACUACUUCAGCCCAUCGUCUGUGUCCAGCUCUCCUGCUCGUGCUCUCCUCCUGCCGGUCACCAGAGGUUACUCUGAGUUCAGGACCGGUCGCACUAUCAGGGAUAGAGAUGUAUGUGGAAAUCGCUUUCAGAAAGCAGCUAGUCAUCAGAAGUGUGAGGAUAUGUGA